UUAUGGAGGGUAGGCAGUUUGUGUUGUGAUUCUUGCGGAACGUACCUACAGGCUACGCAACGAAGAAUUAUCAGUAAAAUAGUUAAUCAACCAUUUAAAAAUAAUAAAUAAUGUGAAUUUUAUGAUGAAGAUAAAAUGCUAAUGUGAUUUUUUAGUCAAUUAAAUAUUGGAGUGACGCACAAAACACGCGUUCAAGCGCCCCGUAUUUUGGAGAGAGGGUAAGAUAGUGAAAUACCUAUUCUGUAUGCGAUUACAUCGAUAUUGAACUGUAGUUCGAUAACGUAAAUAGUCGAUCCUGUUUGGUAUAGUGAAGUGCCCGUUCCGCGCUCUAAGUACACCUAAGGUCAUCACGCGGCGGUGCCAUGAAGACUAACAAAAUAAGAAGUAACUUCUCAAUGAAAACCUUCUUCUAUAUUUUCACGAUAUCCAUGUUGAUUUUGCUGUACGUAUCCUUGAGAGAUCUAAAAUCAAGCAAUGGGGAGUUGUUGGAUAGAAAAAUGCAGAGCAUAGAAUCAGUGAUGGAGAGAAUGCUUCUAAAAUUGGACAAAGAUCAGCUAUCGAGAAAAGCAAUGGCCGAUACGAAAUACAUUUUGCAGUGGACGUCUUCCACCACUAUGCCGUUCGUCUUCAUGGGGAAAGGUCAACAAGGUUUUAUUGACAGAAAUUGCACCUUUAAAAAUUGUUACGUUACCAACAACAGGUCGUUAUUCAACGAUUAUACAAGUUUCGACGUUAUUGCAUUCCACGGACCAGAAGUGGUUCGCAUGACUGGAUCUAGUUUGCCGACACGAAGGUCGCCUCGCCAAAAAUAUGUAUUCGGAAGUAUGGAGUCUUCAGACUAUUAUCCGGUUUGUUCUAGCAAGUUUAAUGAUUUUUUCAAUUGGACUUGGACUUACAGACUUGAUCCGUAUGCGAAAUGGGGUUACUUGACGGUGCGGGACUCUAAUGACGAGAUUAUAGGACCGAGAGAUGUCAUGCAUUGGAUGAAGUUGUCAGAAAUGGACCCUGUGAGUGAAGAAUUUAAAAAUAAGUUGAAAAGUAAAAAGAAAGCGGCUGCGUGGUUCGUGUCUAACUGCAAUUCGAGGAGUGGCCGAGAGAAAUUCGUUGAGAAAUUACAGAAAGAGCUGGCAAAGUAUCAGUUGGGUGUGGACGUUUACGGUGGUUGUGGGACUUUCAAGUGUUCACGGAACAGUGAAGCUGCUUGCGAUAAGGUUGUGGAGGAUGAUUAUUACUUCUACCUCUCGUUUGAGAAUUCGUUUGCGGAGGAUUAUGUGACUGAAAAGUUGUUGCGUGCCUUGAAACACAACGCUGUGCCGAUAGUGUAUGGUGCCGCCAACUAUACAAGAUUCAUGCCAGAUGGGAUAUACUUGAACGCGAGAGAGCUCGGCAUAGAAACGCUAGCUCUUAAAAUGAAUGAAAUAAUUUUGAAUCCGGACCAAUAUGCAGAGUUGUUCCGGUGGAAGAAACAUUACUCGUACCACGACAGCUCGGAUUCUGCAGACUCGGACGUCUACUGUGGAUUUUGUGAGAUGCUAAAUGAUGAGGAGUAUGUGAAAAGGACUAGUGUUGUUAGGGACUUUCGUAGCUGGUGGGACCCGCCUGGUCGCUGUUGAUACUUUAAUUUUUUAUGUAGAAGCUUAACGCGGAAUUUACUUUACGAAAUUAAUAGCACGAAAGUAGUUUCACGACAUUAAUUUUGAUAUCAAUUGCACGUGUAAACGUCAUUUUUCGUAACUAGUGACUUCAUUCGCGUGGAUGUAGGUUUUUAAAAAUCUCGUGGGAACUCUUUGAUUUUCCGGGAUAAAAAGUAGCCUAUGUGUAAUGGGUAUAAUCAAUAAUGUAUUACCAUUCUAAAU